AUCAGUGACAGAGACUGCCAUGGACGAACGCCACAAAGUAAUAGUCCCCGACUUAACGUUGACAUGCGUGUCCAUUUCGCCACAUCACCCGGCGGCUUAAAGAUGGGUCAAAGACCAGGGCACAGAAAUCUCCACAAGACGAAAAUCCAGACAACUUGGAUGUGGUGACCAGUGUACAGCUACCUCGGAAAAAUUGAUCUCAAUACAAUAUCCUUGUUUACCGCACACACUUUUUUUUUUUCGGGAAUCAAUAUCAAUCCCUCAUCACAAUGCGUGUGACAGUUUCGUUGCCGUUCAUCGUCCUAACGACGGUGUCAGUUGGCAAUGCACUGUCUCUUUAUAGACGAGAUGCGCCAGCAGUCCUGGAGGCCCCGAUAAUACGCAGACAGUCGGCAGGGACCUUGGACAAAAGAAGCACUUCUCCACUGGACGUCUCUAUUAUGAACAUGCAAAAUUCAAGCUAUUGGUUUAACUUGACAUUGGGAACACCUCCCCAGAAUUUCACACUCUCUCUAGAUACAGGUAGUAGUGACUUAUGGGUCGUUGCGGCUCCCGGAUCAGGCAAGCAAGGAGGUGUUUACGACUCUAGCUCUUCAUCUUCUUUCAAGUCACUAGGUCUUGGAUAUAAUGCGACGUACGCCUAUGGCACUACGGCUCUUGGUACCUAUGCCACGGAUACUCUCGGUUUGGGGGAUGCGACUGUGAAAGACUUCCAGUUUGUCGUUGUCAAUGAAACUUCCUCUGACGUCGGUAUUGCUGGUGUCGGAUACAACAUCUCCACAUACGCAGCUGGACAAAACAAAACAUACAACAACCUGCCUUAUGCCUUGACUGCGAACGGCAUCACCAAAUCCACCGCCUACAGUCUCUGGAUGGACGGCACGGAUGCAGACACUGGUAUUCUACUAUUCGGAGGAGUCAACAAGGCCAAGUACAUUGGUGAACUGCAAACUCUCCCAGUUGUUCCUGUCUAUAACAAUUACUAUUCACUCGCGCUCGCCUUGACUGAAGUCAUUGUACAAACCGGGGACAAGUCCACUAGCUCUACGACGAAUCUACCACUAGCAGUUUCGCUAGAUACAGGCUCACCUUUUAUCUUGUUACCAGACGCUCUUGUUUCCGAAAUCUACAAGUCUCUGAAUGCGACAUUCUCCGACAAGGAUGGGGUCGCUUACGUGAACUGUGAUUUGAUGACCACCAACUAUAACGUAACAUUCAGUCUUUCCGGAGCGAAGAUUAAUGUCGGUCUCAGUCAACUGGUAUUAUACGAGGCCUUUUCGGACUGGCCCAAGAAUAGUUGUUUGCUUGGUAUUGCUCCCGGUAAAGCUGGUGUAAAUCUCCUUGGAGACACUUUCCUCCGCAGUGCAUACGUCGUCUAUGACCUCGAGAACAACGAAAUCUCCCUCGCCAAUACUAACUUCAACCCCGGAAAAGAUGAUAUCCUGGAGAUUGGGACAGGCGCCAAUGCAGUGCCAGGGGCAACGAUUGUUCCUUCCGCUGUCUCGACUGCUACAGGGAAUGGAGUUGAGACGGCGACUACGGGAGUGGUGAGUGCCACUGGAGUGACCACCACUGCUAGUGCGAGUUCAGGGGGCUCUUCAAAAUCAACUUCCACUUCCUCCGGCAUCGCAGCAUUGGCCACCGGCAAUGCGAAACACUUUCUUUCCGGGCUCGCUGGUGCCGGGCUUUUCCUUCUAUUCUAGAUAUUUCACUACGGCCGCUCAGCAGCCCGCUGAUUCUUUUUUUUGUAUGCUCUUUUCUGACCUAAAGAUUUAUCAAGCUUGUCGAUU